GUGCCAACUGCCAACAGCAAGGAAGUCUGGGAAAGGGCCAGCAUCCCCGCCUCUAAUUUCCGAACUGGGGACACUACCCAAAAGUUGAGCGCCGGGCCGCCUCCCUCGCUGGUCCUGAACCAGGGGACGGUGGAAAUGAUAAGUGGGGAGCUAGCU